AUGACACAAGCCAGGCCUGAGACUCGUGGCUUUACGGACAACCUCGUCUUCCAAAUCCUCCGCUGCAGCCGCAUCCCGGACAAGCUCGUAAGGUUCCUGGCGAACCCCGGGUACACCUUCGUCGGGGUCGCGAUCGACGGCGACUUGGUUAAGCUGGCGGAAGACUACAAUGUGUGGGUGAGGAAUGCGGUGGAUUUGCGUGCCCUAGCUGUGCGGCGGUCCAACAAUUCGUCUCUGAGGAAUGUGGGGUUGAAGGAUCUGAUGAGGAUUUACCUGGGGGUGCAGAUGGAGAAGCCCCGAUGGGUGACGAUGGGGAGGUGGGAUCAAGAGUUGCUAACCACAGAGCAGAUUCAGUAUGCCUGCAUUGAUGCUUUCGUGUGCUUUGAAAUUGGCAGGAUUUCGAAUGCUUCUUUUGCCUAUUAG